UGGGCAGGGCGGGGAAGGGGGGGCACAGCGGGGCUCGGCCGGGGGCUGCAGCGGGACGGGGGCACCAUGACACAGGCCUGGGACGGGGCCGUUUUUGCCGCCCGGCGGCGCAACGAUGACGACGAUACAACCCGGGACAGCAUCUUCGUCUACACCAACAGCAACAACACGCGGGGCCCCUUCGAAGGCCCCAAUUACCACAUCGCGCCGCGCUGGGUCUACAACCUGGUGUCGCUCUGGAUGGUCUUCGUGGUCUUCGCCUCCGUCUUCACCAACGGGCUGGUGCUGGUGGCCACCUGGAAGUUCAAGAAGCUGCGGCACCCGCUGAACUGGAUCCUGGUGAACCUGGCGAUCGCCGACCUGGGCGAGACCGUCAUCGCCAGCACCAUCAGCGUCAUCAACCAGAUCUUCGGCUACUUCAUCCUGGGCCACCCGCUCUGCGUGCUCGAGGGCUACACCGUGUCCGUCUGCGGUAUCACGGCCCUGUGGUCGCUGGCUAUCAUCUCCUGGGAGCGCUGGUUCGUGGUCUGCAAACCCUUUGGCAACAUCAAGUUUGACGGGAAGCUGGCCAUGGGCGGCAUCAUCUUCUCCUGGGUCUGGUCCGCCGCCUGGACUGCACCCCCCAUCUUCGGCUGGAGCAGGUACUGGCCCCAUGGCUUGAAGACCUCCUGUGGCCCAGAUGUGUUCAGUGGCAGCUCAGACCCCGGGGUCCAGUCCUACAUGAUUGUACUGAUGAUCACCUGCUGCUUCAUCCCACUCAGUGUCAUCAUCCUCUGCUACCUGCAAGUGUGGAUGGCCAUCCGCACGGUGGCAGCCCAGCAGAAGGAAUCAGAGUCCACCCAAAAGGCGGAGAAGGAAGUGUCACGCAUGGUAGUGGUCAUGAUCAUUGCCUACAUCUUCUGCUGGGGCCCCUACACCUUCUUCGCCUGCUUCGCUGCCGCCAACCCCGGCUACGCCUUCCACCCGCUGGCCGCUGCUCUGCCUGCCUACUUCGCCAAGAGCGCCACCAUCUACAACCCCAUUAUCUACGUCUUCAUGAACAGGCAGUUCCGUAACUGCAUAAUGCAGCUGUUUGGGAAGAAGGUGGAUGACGGCUCGGAGCUCUCCUCCACCUCCCGCACUGAGGUCUCCUCUGUCUCCAACUCCUCUGUGUCGCCGGCAUAGGAGGGACCCCCAUGGGCCGACAGACAGAUGGACGGACGGAUGGGACUCUCCCCCACUCCCUGCCUGCCCCCCAUGCAGUAUGGAUCCCUCUUUUCUCCCCACUUGGCCACGCCUUCUCCGGAGACUGGCGCCACCCCCCCCCCCCCCAGGGAACAAGGCCCCUUUCCGUCCAGCAGGGGCCCGGAGAGUUUAGCUUUUGUAAAGCAACAGCCCAUCCCCCCCAAGAGCUGCCUGGGCUCCGCCCCAUCACGAUUCUCUGUCGCUCCCCCCUCGAGCACAAGUCAUUGCUCUCCUGGGUCCAGCCCGGAGGUGGCUGCACCCCCGUGGGGCUGGCUGGCUGGGUGGGGACAGGCCGCAUGGCAGCAGGGCCAGGCAUGUGGGGUGAUGCUGCUCUGCCCCAGAGGUGGCUGCACCUGAGCAGAGCGAUGGAGAAUCUGCCCCUCUCACGUCCCACCCCCAGGCUGGCCGUGCCCCGGCCCUGGCCAGCCCCCCUGUAAAUAGUGUUUGAUAAGGAGCCUUGCUAGGACCAC